AUGACAGCGCUCUACAACUACACCACAACAGCCGCCCUCUUGGCCGCACGAGAAACAACUACUUCCGCCGCCUCUUCCUCCUCUUCCUCGCGACCCGCCUCCUACAAAGUCGUCGGUAUCUGCCUCGCCGUCGCUUCCGGCUUCUUCAUCGGCACCUCUUUCGUCCUCAAGAAGAUCGGCCUCCUCCGCGCCAAUGUCAAAUACAACGAAGAGGCCGGCGAGGGGUACGGCUACCUCAAGAACCUCUACUGGUGGGGGGGGAUGACCCUCAUGAUCGUCGGCGAGAUCUGCAAUUUCGUAGCCUAUGCGUUCGUUGAUGCGAUCCUGGUAACCCCGCUGGGCGCGCUCACCGUCGUCGUGUGUACCAUCCUCUCCGCCAUCUUCCUCAAGGAACGCCUUAGCUUCGUCGGCAAGGUCGGCUGUUUCUGCUGCAUUAUUGGCUCCGUGGUGAUCCCGCUCAAUGCGCCCGAGCAGUCGUCCGUCAGCGAUAUACAGGAGAUGAAACACUAUGUGAUCACCCCCGGGUUUCUGUCCUAUGCCGGGGUGAUCAUCGUCGGGUGUACCUUCGUCGCACUAUACCUGGGGCCGCGAUACGGGAAAAAGUCCAUGUUCGUGUAUCUCAGUAUCUGCUCGCUGAUUGGGGGGCUGAGCGUUGUUGCGACACAGGGGCUGGGCUCGGCCAUUCUGGCGCAGAUCAAUGGGGAGUCGCAGUUCAAGGAAUGGUUCUUGUAUGUUCUGUUGGUGUUUGUGGUAGCAACGCUCUUGACAGAAAUCAUUUAUCUAAAUAAAGCACUGAAUAUCUUCAAUGCUGCCCUCGUUACUCCGACCUACUACGUCUUCUUCACCAGCGCAACCAUCGUCACCUCCGCCGUUUUGUUUCAGGGCUUCCACGGCUCUGUCAAAGAAAUCGUCACCGUCGUCCUCGGGUUCCUACAGAUCUGCGCAGGCGUGGUCUUGCUGCAGCUAUCCAAAUCUGCCAAAGAUGUCCCCGAUGCUGCCGUUUUCAAGGGCGAUUUGGACCAGGUCCGCGAGGUUGCGACGCAGGAAGAACACGAAUUCGAGCCCAAGGCCGACUCCAUCCGCGGCGCCGCUGCCAUCAUCCGCCGCAUUUCUACCCCACGCCGGACCAUGGAGGCCGAAGAAGCCCGCCGCUAUUAUCACGACCGCCAGGAGGACCUACGCACUCCGCUGGCCGAGAAUGAGAUCGUUGAAUGGGAUGGACUGCGCCGGCGCAAGACUGUUCUCGGCGAGGGUCCCACCAUGGCAGCUCGCACACGCACCCCGUCCGUCCGUCACCAUCCACUUCCACCGCUGGGUAUGGCCCGCGUGCCAGAGGAGUCGAAAUGCGAGGAUGAGGAGGACGAUGAACCGCCCCGACCGACUACGACACAGAGCAACAGUUCAUUCCUAGAUGACCUCCGCUCACGCGCGAACAGUAUUUUCCACCCGACGUGGCAACCGCUACACAAAGAGCCGUUGCAUCUCUCGGAGGCUAAUCCCGUGUCGCUAAAGGCCAUGGAAUCAAUCCGCAAAUACCCCGAGACUCACUAUGCCGGCCGAGACGGCCGUUCCAUCAAGUCAUCGGUCGAUACUGAGAAUCACAAUCGCCCUCUUCCUCCUCCGAGUCCCCCUCCGCACGGAGGCGCUGAACGGCAAUUUUCGUUCACCAGUGUCCUCGGACGAAUGAAAGCCGGUAGCCCCGAACCUGUUGCGGCUCGUCCUGUUUCACGGCAGAGCGGCCUCCAUCACCACUAUCACCGCUCGUCGGGCGCAACCGAGGAAGAACGCCUUGGCCUGGUGCGAGGGGAUUCGAGAUCGGAUGACCUGGACGAGAAGGCCCUGGGCAGUGCUUAUGAUGACGACGAUAUCUGGAACGACGGACUGGACCCGUUGCCAUCGGGUCAAUCCCACCGAGCCGACUCUCUUGAAUCGCAUCGCAUAUUCUCCAGCGAAUCACUGUAUCCGGCACGACUGCGCGUGAACCCGCUGCCCCCUCUGCCCGAUGAAGAACCGCUGGCUGAUCCAUACGCGCCAAUUGGAAUGGCGGGGUUACGACGCGAGUCCGACAGUAGCGCGGGAACAUUCGUCUCGUCCCCGCCGACCCGCGGGAGCGGGAUAGGAGGUAGCAGCGAGGGCUGGCGGAGACAUCAAUCAGGACGGAGCAGUGGCGGAGGGAGUGGAGGUCUUCCAGGGAAGAAGGGGGCAUUUAUCUAA